GAUGUAACUCCUCUGCCUAUUUUCCCCUUUGAAACUUCAAACUCCAGUUUGUGAACAAAGUCCUGUCUAUCUCCACAAUAAGGAUCUCCGACCACUGACCAAACUCCAUUUGUAACCACUGCCUAUUUGUACUUUCUCUCCAAUGACUCUUUUUCAUUUCACCUGUCUGACCAAAUGGGAAGAACAAGUAGCACUACAAAGGUGGAUGAGAAAUGCACAUGUUGGCCUACAAGGAAUAACAUGCUCUUGGAGUACUCGGGAAUGUGUUUUACGCGGGAAUAGGAGUGUUGCGCUUUCGUUUGAUUUUGAAUAUUUGAUAGAAAUGAAUGGGAGAAGACGGCAGGAACAUGCUUACAAAAGCUCAUUGGAGGUCAGUAAAGCCUCUGUGGAUUGACUGGGGUAGAUGGCACAGAUAUGGUCGAUUCUGAAAGCGACGGGCCUCGUGCCGGAGAGCUACUUCAGCAAUAGCAGAAAUGUUUUAAAUCUAUAUUUUGUGAAAGUCUCAUGGGGAUGGACCAUUGUUUUACUUCUGCCUUUCAUCUUUUACUCCAACCUUUACAACAGAAGCCACACAUUUGUGUUGAGGCGGCUGACCGCACUGCUUGUGGCAACAGUUGUUUGGUACACCUGCACUGAGACUUUUUUCUACAUCGAAGAUGUUACCGGUUUCUGCUAUGAAUCCAACAGUUUGCAAGUAAUCCGUGGUGACAUUACCACAAAGGCGGCGUGCAGGCAGGCUGGAUUCAUCUGGGAUGGAUUUGACAUAUCAGGACACUCCUUCAUCUUGGCUUACUCUUCUCUCGUGAUUGUGGAGGAAAUGGUGCCCAUGCUACACAUACCCCAGAGUGACAGGAACAUUUGUCUUAAUUGUCUAUAUAUAGCACUCAAUGCGAUUGUGGUCAUCUGGAUAUGGAUGUUCGGAUGCACUUCUGUGUAUUUCCAUGAUAUUAUCGACAAAGUUAUAGGGACGCUGUGUGGGAUAUUAGGGUGGUACGUGACUUAUGUUGUUUGGUACCCAAUGCCUUUUUCCCCAGGUCUCCCUCCACAGCAGAAACAGCACGCUUAGUGUGAGAACUAAAUACUUCAAGUGCACUUUUUUUUAAAGUCAAUGACAGGUUAGCCUACCAAAUGAGGCGGCAGGCAGCUGGUGUUCCUAAAAUGACAAUCUGUAAACUUGAGAGGUCACAUCUGAAUCUUAUUGUUGCCUUCAAACAUUUUGUGGCUUCGAACAGGGCUGAAAUAGUAAACCUAGCUUAUACGGUAGUCUGCUGCUGCUUUUUGUAAUCAACCUUCAACCAUCAGCUAAGCCGCCUUUUAACAAGCAGUUCUUCACGACACUAAUAUUUUCAAUAUUUGUAACUGGCCUAUUUAUUGAUUUUUAACAAAGAAAUCUGAUAAAUUUGUGCGAUUAGUGUAAUGCAGUUGUGUAAAUUGUAUAUUUGCAUUGUGUUUUAAUAGGACCGUUUUAUGUGUUCUGUUAUUUAUUCAUACAUGCCAUUGUGCUAUUGUUAGGUUGGCCUAGUCGUUUGCAGUUGUUGUUAUUCCUCAUGCCACCUGUUCUUAGAAACGCAAAACAUCUGUAACAUUUGUAAUAUAAGACCGGAUUGAUGUUUGAGUGAUAAAUUCAAAUAAAUAAUUGGCUGAUUAUAAGCACUUCUUACAGGUUUGAGGCACAAUGCAAAUUAGAUAUUAUAAAUUCAUUCCAAAAUACAAACAAUGGGACAUGCUGGUUAUGGAGGGCACAUCCAUUAGUCAUUUCAUGCGUGUCAAUUAAACAUGAUUUUAGACAAUUAUCAUCGCAAUUAUGUUUAAUACAUCAGUAUUCCAAAGAAUGCAGCAUGUUAUGAUGUUGAAAUAUUGUACUGUAUGACACUGAGUUCUCUUUAGUAUAAUAACACGUAACUGAGUUGUAUUUUUAUUUAAUUACUGUUGUUUGAAAGAAUAAAAAGCUUUGACUUGA